AUGGCUAAAUUGAUAAGUAUGAAUGUAAGAGAAAAUAAAAGAAAUUAGCUUUUAAAAAAGGUUUUAAUAAAACAAAUUAAGAGUGGUGUAAUAAAAAUAAGAAAAUUAAUGAAUACACAAAUUUGUUCCAAAAUUUCAAAAAGAUUUAUUUUUAUCUUAUAAAUGGCUGAUUUCAUAAGAGAUUUCAUGAUUGGUGGUGUGUCAGCCGCUGUUUCAAAGACUGCUGUUGCUCCAAUUGAAAGAGUCAAAUUGUUACUCUAAACCUAAGAUGCUAAUAAAAAAAUUUAAGAAGGUGGUGCCAAGAAAUACAAUGGUAUUGUAGACUGCUUCAUCAGAGUCCCAAAAGAAGAGGGCUUAUCUGCCUUAUGGAGAGGUAAUUUGGCCAAUGUCAUCAGAUAUUUCCCAACAUAAGCAUUGAACUUUGCUUUCAAAGAUGCCUACAAAAAGCUCCUUUGUCCAUUUGACCCAAAGAAAGAGAGAUUCCUCUUCUUCUUAGGAAAUAUGGCUUCAGGUGGUGCAGCUGGUGCUACUUCCUUAAUGGUUGUUUAUCCACUCGAUUUUGCAAGAACAAGAUUGGCUGCAGACAUUGUUAAGGAAAUCUGAGAGAUAAUUCACUGGAUUAUCA